AUGCCAAUAUUCAACGAUCAUCCUUACACUUCAAUUACAAUAAAAAUUGACCAAUUGUCGAAACCACAUCAAAAUGACGAGAUUGACAAUACUUUAGAGUUAUAUGUCUCCGAUUUACUUCAUUUAAUAAAGUUACAACCAGGAAGUGGUCCAAGUGAGGCUGCAAGAGCUAUCAGGAAAAGGAUUAAGUAUGGUGAUUCAGUAGAAGAACAAUUAAGAGCAUUGAAUAUCUUAGAGUUAUUAAUAUUGAAUUCUGGCUCUAAAAUUGGGCCGGUAAUUGCCAGAGAUGACAAAUUGUUGGAUGUGUUGAAAGGAAUUAUCACCGGUUCAGGUAAAACAGGUUUGGGAGUAAGUUAUGACAAAGAUGUCCAAACCACAGUCAAGAACUUAUCAAUUGGAUGGAAAAGUGAAUUGGCUGAUUUGGAUGGUUAUAAGUAUUUAGCAUCGUUGUGGAAGAAUAUUCCCAGACGUAAAGCAACUCACUCACAUUCCAGGUCUCGCUCAAGGGCUGAUGAUAUAGAAGAUCCCGUCGAUGCGUUUGCUGAUGAAGGUGCUAUAAGAAGCCCUUCUCCUUCAAGUCCGGCUAUGAGUAGAAAUCACGAAAGAAGAGCCCCAAUGCGUCCGUUAUCUCCCAAACCUACUACCUCAUCAUCUUUUGGAAGGAAAGGCAAAGACAAGAAAGAUAAGAAAAAGAAAAAGAAAUCCAAGAACGGUAUCGUUUAUGCCGACGAAAGGUACAAGAUCCCUCAGAUUAAUUAUAGAGUCGAGGCUCCAAAGAUUAGAACAGUAAUAUCUGAUUGUCAUACUCAUACUACAACAUUAAGUAAUCUUUUAAUUUCGUUACCUCCGAAUGUUUCUCCCUUAGAUGAUGAAAAGGUGGGUAAAGAAUUUGAAAAAUGUAAAUCAAUCAGACGUAAGGUAUUGAAGUAUUUACAAUUCGUGGGAGUUGGUGAUCCUUCUGAAAAAUCUGCUGACAUUGUCCAAAUGGAUGACGAAUUCUUGGGAAGUCUUAUCGUGGCUAAUGAACAAUUAGUAGAAGUAUUCAAAAAGUACGAUAUGUUGGCUGGGUACACUGCUGAGAAUCCAGCACCAAAUUACGAUGAAGAGAGUAGUGACGAAAGUUAUUAUACUUCUGAAGAAGAAGAGUCAGUAUAUGAUGAUGAAAUUCAGCUGGUUGCUGAAGAUGUUAACCGUAUACAUAUAAAUGAAGUUGGAUCCAGCAGCACUACCAUUCCAAAAUCCAAGUCUCCACCACCACCAAGACCAGCUAAACCUCCAGCUUUGACAUCCCCUCAUAAAACAUUGCAAAGAACCGAUACAAAUGCCACCACAGAAAGUGAUCCAUUUGGUGAUGGUAAUGAGUUAGGAGGAUCUAAAUACUAUUAG